AUGAAGGACGUGGUGGCCGUGGACCUCUCGCCUUUCCUACGCGAGUACAAGGGCGGCCGGGUCGAUCGCCUCCUGCGCAGCACAUUCGUCCCGGCGUCCGAGGACGCCGGCGCCAACCGCGGCGUCACCACCAGGGACGCCGUCAUCGACGCAGCCACGGGCGUCUCCGCGCGCCUCUUCCUCCCCUCCCGCACCACCACCACCAGCAAUAACCUUCUCCCCGUGGUGAUGUACAUCCAUGGCGGGUCCUUCUGCACGGAGAGCGCCUUCUGCCGCACGUACCACAACUACGCCAGGUCCCUGGCCGCCAACGCCGGGGCGCUCGUGGUGUCCGUGGAGUACCGCCUGGCGCCCGAGCAUCCCAUACCGGCGCCCUACGACGACGCCUGGGCCGCGCUCCAGUGGGUGGCGUCCUUCUCCGACCCCUGGCUAGCCGCCCACGCCGACCCCGCCCGCCUCUUCGUCGCCGGCGACAGCGCCGGUGGCAACAUCGUCUACAACACGGCCGUGCGCGCCGCCGCCUCCAUGACGUCCGUGGUGGACAUCCAAGGCCUGGUCAUCGUGCAGCCCUACUUCUGGGGAACCGAGCGGCUGCCUUCGGAGGAAUUGGCCGAGGACGCCGGGGCCGUGCUGCCGGCGUGCCUCGUGGACCGGGCUUGGCCGUACGUCACGGCGGGCCAGGCCUGCAACGACGACCCCAGGAUCAACCCUAGAGACGAGGACAUCGCGUCGCUGGCAUGCAGCCGCGUGCUGGUAGCCGUGGCCGAGAAGGACAUGCUGCGGGAGCGCGGGUCUCGGCUGGCCGCCCGGUUGCGCGACUGCCGACGCCCGAUCGGGCACGACGACGACAACGACGACGACGACAACUACGACGUGACCCUGGUGGAGUCGGAGGGCGAGGACCACGGCUUCCAUCUCUACAGCCCACUUCGUGCCACGAGCAAGAAGCUCAUGGAAAGCAUAGUGCGAUUCAUUAACCAGCCCUUGCCAUUGCCGGUGCUGCCGGCCGCUUUCCUCCCGGAGCCGCACGAGCUGCGUUUGCUUAUUGGAACAUGCGAGGAAGGUAAGAAGAAGAAUAAGAAGAGCUCUGCUCGGCCUAUUCUGGGCCUGCCUAGUAGGCCAUAUAUGGACGUGUUCGGCUACGGGAUGGCCAUGAAACGCUGGACUGGCCCAAGCUCUUGUUUGAUGCAUCCUACCACUGCUUUAGGGAAAGUUGGACAGGGUAACGCGUCUAGUAAGACAAGGCAUGGGCUGUGUUUGGGCCGAGCGAGACCUGGUCAGACCUACAUGGGCUCCUUCUCAGCAGCAGGCCAUGGGAGUUCUGUUAUCAAGAACUUCUUCUAG